AUGCCUACCGAAGCUCAGAUUGCCGGCGGCCACAAGGCCAACAUCAACAACCCCAACAGCUCCGAGGAGUCCAAGGAAAACUCCAAGAAGAUUCUCGAGAACGAGUUCAACGGCGGUGAUGUUGCCAAGGCCGGUGAUGAUGAGCAGAAGAACCCCGGCAAUGUUGCAGGUGGCCUCAAGGCCACUUUGAAAAACCCCAAUGUCUCCGAUGAGGCCAAGGAGUCCGCCAAGGAGCGUCUUGACAACAUGUAA